AUGGCAGGCAACAAGAAGAAGAAGUCGAAGCCCGCUGCCAACCCUGCGAGAGGAUAUGCCACAACAUCAGUCGUUUCCAAGGCCCGGGUCGAGCCAGUAGAUACUGCCCCUACUCCUUCCAACAAAACUUCAGAAGCUACCAAGUCGAAUGGACAACCACCCCCGAACCCCAACGAUAGCGACAAGGCUGCGAGCACUGCCGAGAAGACGAAGAAAGAAUUGACGCCCGAGGAGUUCGAGGCCCAACUCGAAGAGUCCGAGCUACAGUUGUUAGUGGAGAAAUACGCCCAAAAGAGCAAACGAGAUGCACAGCGGCAGAAGCAACGACUCGAUACAGAGAGGCGGCUGUUACGAAGCCAGGCAGAGUCUCUCAAUGCGAAGAAAUGGUUGCCCACGGAGCUCAUGGACCAUAUCCUGGAUUUGAUCCAGGCAGAGGGUCGAUUUGCCGCUUCCAACACAAAUUCUGAGGGAGCGACAGGCGGGAAGAUGCUGUCCGAGGAGGACCUGACGAUCAAAAUGUGGACAUUGCAACAGGCCCUGCAAGGCACGGGGUUCCCAGAAGAGAAGGUACAGGGUGCUUUGCAAUUUGUCUUGGAUAUAUCAACAAACAUUUCUGGAAGUAACAAGGAUUCUAUCUGGGGCUUAGACGAGGCGUUAGACUGGCUGGCGAGAGAAUGCCCAGCGGGCGACCUGCCAGACUAUGACAAGCGAGGCAGGCAGGGACAGACGCCCGCUGAUACCCCUUUGCCUUCUGGAGCAACCACGCCGCUGCUCAUGGAACCAGAGACUCUACAAAAGGCAAAGUCGAAGAAAAAGAACGGGAAUGUGACCGGACGGUCUUCUGGCACAGCUACACCACGACGACAAAUCGUCACGUACGACAGCGAUAUAGAACCCGAUGAUCUUAUACCCGCAUAUUUGGACACAAAGACAAAAUUAUUUUCGAUACAGCGACCGCAGCAGGAUGCGCCACGAAAGAGUCGCAAGUCUGGGCAACAACUCCAGCCAUCCUCGAUGGCUGGAGACUCCGCUGACGACUCAGAAACACCCAGACUGCUGGCUAAGAUAGACAGAAUUGAGAAAGAUCCUCUUUUCGAUGCUGGCCUAGCGCAGAUGCAAUGGGAGCCUCGGAGGAUCGCCCUUGAGAGGGACUUUGCGGAGAAUAAGAGGCUCAAGGCUGAGGCGGAAUCUUCCCCAAAGCCGGCAGAGGAAGCGUCCACGAAAGAGAUGGAAGAAGCUGCCUCUGACAAUGAAGAUGAAGAGGAUGAUGAGAUUGCAAGAGAGGCGAAGCGCAUGGCGGCAGAGAUUUUAGCAGAGAAUGAAGACGAGGAAGAUCAAGCACUGGCGGACCUGUUUGCCGCUCUGCCCACCAACGAGGUCGGUGCUGAUGGCAAGACCAGCACUGUUAUGAACAACAGCGAUGGAACCAAGACCACGAUAAGAGAUUUUGGGAAGUUGACAGGUGUCACGCCGAUGAGGGUUUUGGAAGAGGCCUGUCGGUCUAGGGACUCUUCUGUCAAAUUGGCAUAUAUGAAGGUCUCUGAGACGGCAUUUGCUCAUAGGCACCUCCUCAGCAUUGUGUGGGCGAAAGCCCAGGAGCCUCUGUCUGAGCAGGGUGUUGCUGGCGUGGAAGUCGCUUCGUCAACCAACAAAUUCGUAUUCAAGAUGGCCGAGAUUGCGACGCCUGACGAGAAGCAAUCCGAGGCCUUUAUUGCAACGACGGCACUGUUUCUUGUCUUUGGCUCGUCUGCGAAAGACGAGAAGGUCUCAUUGCGGUUGCCAUCUCAGUUCCGGGACCUUUGGGCCGAAUAUGCAGAGGCCAAGAAGAACGAGGUGGAUGCGCAGGAUCGCGCUAUCGUCAAGGAAUUACGAGCUCUGGUUCGCAAGCGACGCGACCAGGAAGAGGAGGACGGUGUUCUACUGCAGGGAGCAUUCCGCGGUCGAAACAACGGCCGCAAUGGAGCCGAUACUACCGACAUCUUGGCUGAAAAGCGGGUGUCGGGUGGCCCCGAAUACUACCAAGGCAUUUGGCAAAAGAAGAUAAGUUCCCCGAAAUACCAGACCAUGCUGCAGUCCCGCAUGCAGCUGCCCAUGUGGCAUUUUCGACAAGAAGUUGUCGACACGGUGGAGCGAGAGCAGGUCGUCAUCAUUUGCGGAGAAACGGGUUGUGGCAAGUCGACCCAGGUGCCGUCUUUCUUGCUUGAACACCAGCUCUCUCAAGGCAAGCCAUGCAAGGUGUACUGUACCGAACCCCGACGUAUAUCAGCUAUAUCUCUUGCUCGUCGUGUUAGCGAAGAACUUGGGGAAGGCAAAGGCGAGAUUGGCACGCCCCGGUCACUGGUAGGCUAUUCCAUCAGACUGGAAGCGAAUACCUCGAAAGAGUCGCGACUGAUCUACGCGACGACUGGUAUCGUCAUGAGGAUGCUUGAGGGCUCCAACGAGCUACGUGAAAUUACUCACCUGGUGCUUGAUGAGGUCCACGAGCGAUCCAUCGAGAGCGACUUCCUCCUUAUCGUCCUCAAGAAACUGUUGACGAAGAGGAAGGACCUGAAAGUGGUCCUGAUGUCAGCUACGGUGGAUGCUGAGCGGUUCUCGAAAUUUUUUGGCGGGGCUCAGGUGCUCAAUGUGCCUGGGCGGACAUUCCCCGUCAAGGUCAACUAUCUCGAGGAUGCUGUCGAGUUGACCGGUUACACUGCCGACAAGAGGGUCAAGGAGAGGGUCGUUGGUCUUGACGACGAUGAGCUUGACAUCACGGAACCAGACAGUUCCCUCAAGCCCGACCUUCUCAAGACGCUUCAGCAAUACUCUCCUCGUACCCGCAAUACCCUGUCCCAGCUCAAUGAAUACGAGAUCGACUUCGAUCUCAUCGUCCAGCUCAUCUCACGAAUAGCGGUGGACCCCUCUUAUCUCGAUUAUAGCAAGGCUAUACUCAUCUUUCUUCCUGGCAUUGCUGACAUUCGGACGCUCAACGAUAUGCUACUAGGAGAUAGAUUCUUCCAGACCGAUUGGCUUGUCUACCCCAUGCAUUCUAGCAUCGCUUCUGAAGAGCAGGAAGCGGCAUUUCACAUCCCUCCUCCUGGGUACAGGAAGAUUGUGCUCGCGACCAACAUUGCCGAGACCGGUAUCACUAUUCCGGACGUCACCUGCGUGAUUGACACUGGCAAGCAUCGUGAGAUGCGCUUUGAUGAGCGUCGCCAGCUGUCGCGCCUCAUCGACACAUUCAUCUCGAGGGCGAAUGCGAAGCAGCGUCGUGGCCGAGCCGGUCGUGUGCAGGAAGGGCUCUGCUUUCACAUGUUUACCAAGUACAGACAUGACAGUAUCAUAAGCGAUCAGCAGACGCCUGAGAUGCUCCGCUUGUCACUGCAAGAUCUUGCGAUUCGUGUCAAGAUCUGCAAGAUUGGAGGUAUCGAGGAAACGCUUAGCCAAGCGCUGGAUCCUCCUGCCGCCAAGAAUAUCCGCAGAGCUGUUGACGCCCUUGUCGACGUGCGCGCCCUGACGGCUGCGGAGGAGUUGACCCCGCUUGGUCAACAACUUGCACGUCUUCCCCUGGAUGUCUUCCUUGGCAAGCUUGUUCUCAUGGGCACGGUUUUCAAGUGUCUCGACAUGGCUGUCACAGUAGCAGCUAUCCUGUCCUCCAAAUCUCCCUUCGUGGCACCCUUUGGCCAGCGGGCGCAGGCAGAUGCGAUUCGGCUGGCAUACCGGCGGGGAGAUUCAGACCUGCUGACCGUGUACAAUGCCUACUUGGCGUGGAAGCGUGUCUGCCAGUCCGCCUCUGGCAACAGCGGCCAAGAGUUCCAAUUCUGCAGGAAAAACUUCCUCAGCCCACAAAAUUUGGCCAACAUCGAAGAGCUCAAAGGCUCGUUACUGGCUGCACUCGCCGACUCUGGGUUCUUGCAGCUUACAGAUGAGGAGCGCAGGAGUCUGAACCGCCUCCGUCACUCUGGCGGUGGACGUCGGCGGAAUCAGGCAUUCUUUGAGCUGCCAAGGCGAGUCAACAUCAACAGCGAGAACGAUUCCAUAACGCAGUCUGUUAUUGCCUGGAGCUUCUAUCCUAAACUGCUCAUCCGCGAUGUUCCUGGCGGGAAGGGCCUGCGCAACGUGAGCAAUAACCAGUCAAUCAGCCUACAUCCGACAAGUGUCAAUAGGGGACACAAUGAACUCAGGUGGCUGAGCUACUACCAUAUCAUGCAGUCGAAAGCACACCUGAAUGCUCACGAGACGACCGCUGCCGAGUCAUUUGCCAUCGCGCUGCUGUGUGGUGAUGUUCGCGCCGACAUGUACUCAGGGGUUCUUGUCCUCGAUGGCAAUCGUGCACGAUUCGCCGCUCCUGACUGGAAGACGAUGCUGGUGAUGAAAGUUUUGAGGUCCCGGCUACGCGAGAUGCUCACCCGGUCGUUCAAGAAUCCGGGUAAGUUGCCAACGGCUCAGCACGAGAAGUGGCUGGCCGUCUGGCAGCAGAUCUUCUCACAAGACUUUGGAGACAAUAAGAACAAUACCGGAGGUGUUGUGAACAGCAAUAGGGCUGGCGCGGCUUAG